CUCUCUCUCUCUCUCUCUCUGGUUUUCUCGUUCUGUCCUAAAUUUGCUCGGCCACCCUUUCCAUGCAUUAUCUUCCUUCGUCGUCCCCUCAAAGGACGACGAAGGACUUCGUCAAAAAAAUUUCUUCGAUUGCGUAAAAAUCAUCGACCUCGUACCCCGAAAUCCUUUCGAAGAUCUUCCUCUUCUCGAUUCCAUCCUUUCUAUUUUGUUUCUCGGCCAAAACCAUUGAGGAAACCACGUAGAAAUAACAUGAAGCCGCCCCUGGUGCCGCCGUCGCAGAUCUUGGAGCUGAACAUUAUUUCAGCCCAAGAUCUCGCCCCGGUGGCACGAUACAUGAAGACAUACGCGGUCGCGUGGCUCGACCCGCAGCACAAGCUCACGACCCGCGUGGACAACACGGGCGGAACCAACCCCACGUGGAACGACAAGUUCGUGUUUCGUCUCGACAAGGAAGCACUCUACUACGGGACAUCAUCGAUAAUGGUUAUUGAGAUAUACGCUCUGCAUUGGUUUAAAGACAUCCACAUCGGCACGGUCCAAGCCCUGAUCACUGAUCUCCUGAGUCCUACGUCAUUGCCGGCCAUGAGAUUCGUCACGUUAGAGGUUCUUCGAGCCUCGGGCCGGCCCCACGGCUUGCUCAACAUAGCCGUCGGGCUGAUCGAUAGCUCGAGACCGAGCAUGCCUCUGUACACGCCCUCGACGUUCGAGGAAGAUCUGGUGUUCCACCAGAACAAAAUCUCGACCAAACCCUCUGGUCUGAGACGUUCGAAAAGCGAAACGAGCUCUAUGGUGGAAUCAGGGGUUAGCACUAUGAUCAUCAGACGAAACAGCUUCAAGGACCUCGAGCGUAAAGACGAUGUAACGGGCAGUAAUCAAACCACGAACUCGGAUUUCGAGAUCAGUUCGUCCGACAAGAACGAGUUUUCGUCGGAUUCUCAAAUGGUGGCGUAUCAUCCUCCGAACAAGACACCAAAGACAACCUCAAAUCCGAGAUUUGAAGCUAAACCAACUCUUGCAAGGCAUGAUGUCUAUGCCACGCCAAUGAGACCGAGAAACAUGGGCUACGUCCCGAAGAAGAACAACGUGGAGUACGGGACGCCGAUGAGGGCGAGACGGAUCGUUAUAACGGAGUCGGAAUUAGGCCCCUCGGCUUCAGUGGUGGCGGCACAGGUCGCGAGAGAGAGAGCAAUGGCCGGCAGAGAAGUCGAGAGCACGGUGAUAAGCGUCGAUGAACGGAGCGUCGAGGGUUUGCAGUCGAAGUUAGAGAGGUGGCAGGCCAAUCUACAGCCGAUUCUGGACGCGGGUUCGAGUUAUCAGACGAGUUCUGAUUACAAGGCGAGCUCAAACUAUAAACCAACUUCGAACUAUAAACGGAACGACGCCAUUGGAGGAGGAGGAGGAGGUCGGAGUGUGAAACAUCAGGUUGCGGUUGUCCCGAUGAAGAAACAUAGCCGGAGACACACGGAAGGAGGGGGGGACAGCGGCUUGUUUUCGUGCUUUAGUAACAUUUGUGGGAUUGAAUGUUCGAUUGUAUGCGGUGGCUCGGGAGGGGCGAAAGGUUCUAAGCAGCAGAGGAAGAAGAUGAUGUGAAAAAAAAAAAAGUUAAGGGUUAGUUCAAAAAAAAAAACAUGUGAGACGAUAUUCACUUAUUCAUAACUUGUUUCAUGGUAUAUAUAUAUAUAUAU